ACAAACAAUUUACGUCACUACGAACGUCACUCAUUCAUAAACAUAAGCAGGUGCGUGAGAGUAAACAUUCACUUUGACAGAUAAAAAAAACAUCUGCUUUCAGCUACAUUUUUAAAUACAUACAAGAACAGAGAAAGUUUUUUAUUGUGAUAUGGUAAAUAUUGUACAUUUGUUGGUGUUUAUACCAGCAAUAUGUUACGGCGGAACUCAAGUUUCAAAACCGUUCUCAUUUUUUGAAUUUGGAAAUCAUGACUUUCACAGCCUUCGACGUGUACUAAAGGCAGCGCACGAAAAUGCUCCGGACAUAAGCAAAGAAUACAGUUUAAAGAAAAAAUCUGUGAACGGGUUAGACCUUGCAGUUAUAGAAUUUUCCAAAACCCCAGGAAAACAUAUACCAGGGGUACCAGAGUUUAAGUAUGUUGGUAAUAUGCAUGGAAAUGAAGUGGUUGGGCGAGAAGUAUUACUUGCCUUGGUAUCAUUACUGAGUGAGAACAAAGACAAUGAUCCUAGAAUUAGUUGGCUAAUUGAACAUACUCGUAUUCAUAUCAUGCCUUCAAUGAACCCAGAUGGUUACGAGACAGCCAAUGGGUUGGAAAGAGAUGAGAAUGGAAAUAAAAAUUGGUUACAAGGUAGAGCUAAUGCCAAUAAUGUAGAUUUAAAUCGUAACUUCCCAAAGCUUAAUGCCAUCGCUUACGAAAAUGAGAGAACUGGAGGAAAGAACAAUCACAUGGAACCAUAUCAAGUAGCACUGGACACACCAGGGCUGCAACCUGAAACUAAGGCUGUGAUGAUCUGGUUACAUGAGAUUCCAUUUGUACUCUCAUCUAACUUACAUGGUGGUGAUUUAGUGGCUAACUAUCCAUAUGAUGCCACCAAAGACAAAUCUGCACAUCAUUAUACUAAAACUCCAGAUGAUGAAACUUUCAGGUUUUUAGCAGAAUCUUAUUCUCUGUAUCACACAGAAAUGGCCAAGAAGAAUCGUACACCAUGUGAUAUGUCAGGUGAUGAUUUGUUCCCAGAAGGAAUUACUAAUGGAGCUAACUGGUACUCAGUCCCUGGAGGAAUGCAAGAUUACAAUCUCCUUGAGACAAAUUGUUUUGAGAUCACAUUAGAGUUAGGCUGUGACAAGUUCCCAGAACCUGAGAAGGAGGAAGAAUACUGGCAUCAAAACAAAGAGGCACUUAUCAACUACAUGCUUCAGGUGCAUGAUGGAGUGAAAGGUAUUGUUACAGAUGCAGAGACUGGUGAACCAAUCAGAAAUGCCUCAGUGAAGGUGUACAAAGUGGCCAGUGGAGGGGAUGAUUUCAAGUACAUCAAUCAUGAUAUUACUACUAACAAGGAUGGUGACUACUACAGACUAUUGAUUGAUGGAAAGUAUAGACUGGAGGUAGUAAAGGAGGGUUAUCUCCCCAUGGAAGAAUUUGUUGAAGUUCAAAAUAAGCCAAUGACUGAAGCUGUAGUUAGGGACUUUCAACUGACACCAGAUAAUGGAAACAUGGAGCCAAAAAUCCAAGGUGGUGAUGCUGCAUUUGAUAACAGGGCUUACUAUGGAGAGUAUCCAGCUGAGGAGUAUGAUGUGGACAGGUUACGAGAGCUAAUACUCAGGUACUUCGGAAGACGAUACCAAUAAACCUGCAGAUGGAAAUCCAUACUGAAAAGAUAUACUCUUUGGGAUAAUGGUGUAUUCUAUUAGAUCUAAUAAGUUCAAAAAACUUUCUUGUUACAUUUUGAUUGUUCAAAAUGUCUGUUAUUUAACAGCAUAGAAAAUGGAAGAAACUUUUAAAAGAAAUAAUAAUAAUCAUGUAUGUUACUAUAAAAUAGGUAGUCAUGCACCAGGAAUAAUUUCUCAACUUUUUAAAUUGAUAUUAGAACAUCAAGAAUGAAUAAUUGAAUAUUUAAACAAACAGAGUUUAAUUUAAACAUUAAAAGUAUCUAAAGAAAGUAUUAGAUCGUUUACUGCUACCUUUAUAAUUU